AUGCUUGGUAUCGACACUCAAUACAAAUUAAAGGAAUUUUUCCAGACAGUAGCUGAAGCUGAAUUGCAAGUAGAGAGACAAAGACAACUCUUAGCCACUCUCGUUGAUUUUGAGCCAUAUGCCGCCUUCCAAAGAGUCAAUAGAAACGGAGAUGACGUUAUUACUCCACUCGAAGUCUACACUUUCUUGAGAGAUAAUGAUGUUAAGUAUGUUGCACUUAAAGAGUGUGAACUUCUUGUUAAGUAUUUCGAUUUAGAUAGCGAUAGAGGACUUAAAUACUCUGAAUUCAUGCAAGUUAUGUUGCCAUGCGAUGACAUGUAUCUUAGAUCAGCUGCAACUCAAAGACCUAACUAUAAAAUCGGCAGAUACGAUAGACUACCAUUGACUGUUGAAAGAGAAUUAACCAAUCUUCUAGAGAGAGAAUUAGCCUAUCACACUAGAGUAGAAAGAUUAAAGCAAGAGUUACAUUUAAGAUACGAUUGGACCAAUAGAGCUGCUUUUGAGACCGUGGACACUACUAGAGACCAUUCCCUUAACAGCAGAAACAUUUAAUCAUUCUUGAGAUUGAAUGGAUUUUACGCUACUGAUUAAGAGAUAGUUGCUAUCAUCAGAAGAUUAGAUGUAGAUGCAGAUUAAAGAAUUACUUAUGAUGAAUUUAUUGAGGCAGUCAGACCACAAUCUACUGGUCUUGGAGAUAGCUCAUCUUCUCUUGCAGAGGAAAGAAAGGAGAGAAGUCCAUUAAGAGACAGUCAUGCCAGCAGACUCCAUGAGAGCUCAUACCUUGGUGCCUCAUAACUAAGUACUUCAAGCUACAAACCAUCCGUAUCACCAUCUAGAUAUGGCUAAGCUUCUGAACUUAGAGGUUCUCUAGCAUCUCCAAGCAGAAGAAGUGAUGUCACCAGAGAUAUUCUCUCUAGAUCUCAAAACAAAGAAUUCUCAUCACCAUCAAGACUUGGAUCAUCUACUCUUGGAGCAUCCAAGAGACAAUCACCUCUCAAGCAAGAUGAUGAAGAAGAACUUGUUAGAGCCUUCAAAGAGCAAAUUAGCCUUGAGAAGGAGCUUGAAGAUGCUAAAAUAAGAUUGGCCUCUCAGCCCGAUUUCAAUCUAAUGGAUGCAUUCCAAAUGCUCGACAGAACUGUCAAAGGAUGGGUUACAGCUUCAGAGAUUGUAGAUGUACUCCAAGACUUAGGCACAUAUGCCAAUAGAGACAAUGUCUACUUAUUUACCAGAAGAUAUGAUAAGGAUUCAGAUGGCAGAGUUCUAUACAGCGAUUUCUGUGAUGCCUUCACACCAAAAUCUUCAGCUCAUUCAAUUACCCUGAAUUCAAGAGGUGCCUAUUAUCUUCACCACAGCUAUCCAAAGAAUGAAUAUUUCACAAGAGAUACUAGAGAUCUCUUCCUCAGAACAUUCAAGGUUCACUUCAGUGUUGAAGAGAGUGCUGAACUUCUUAGAAAGAGACUUGGAAGAAGACCAUACUUUAGUGCCCACGAUGCCUUUACUGCUGUUGACACUGACAGAAAUGGAUAUCUUACCAGAGAUGAAUUCAAGAAUAUCCUUAGAGAUAAUGGCUUCUAUGCCACUGAUAGUGAGGUCUCCAUCCUUAUUGACAGAUAUGAUAGAAACAGAGAUGGUAGAAUCUCAUAUUCUGAGUUUAUUGAUGAAAUCCUACCUAAGUCCCCUUCAAGAAGAUGA